AUGUCGCUGUUUGCGGAUGAGCAGGAGAUGCUGGCGGAUGCGCAGGACGCCAUCGGCUCGUUGGUCUCUGCUUCCUUGUCCGCGACGCUGUUCCUGCUCAAGUGGCAGCUCAUCAGGGACCGGCUCCACACUGGCCUCGACAACAUCACUGCCGCCGGCUCUGAUGAAGAGGACGGCGAGGGGAAGGUGCGACGCGUUCCGACCACGACCUCCUGGUCGCCGCGCUCGUCGAACCACGUGGCGCGGCCGGACGAGGUGUACGCGUCGGGGGCGCUUACGCGGGCGCUGGUGGUACGGCGGCCCGGCGCCGGGGCCACCCGCGCCGACGUGCGGUUCUACAUGCGCGACCUCUUCGCCAGGCUCCGGGUCGGCGGCGCCGAGAUGCGGAGGGAGGCCGCCGCCGCCCUCGCCGAGGUGCUACGCGACGACGAGAAGUGCGUCCGCGUCGUCGCCUCCGAUGUCCCCUAUGACGUCGGCGUCCUCGUCAAGCUGCUCGAGUGCCCCGACGCGUACAGGGGCGACCUGGUCGUCGGCGGCGUCAUCGCGCCGGUGGUCCGGAGCCUCGACGCGGGCGCCUGCAGCGCGACGGCCAAGGAGCGCGCGGCGCGGGUGCUCUUCAGGCUCACCAAGAACUCGGACAACGCCUGGGUCGUUGCCGCGCGGCGCGGCGUCACGGAGCUGCUCAACGUCUGCACGGACCAUGGCGGCGUGCUGCGGAGCCUAGCGGGCGUCGACGAGAUCCGGAAGUACAUGGUGGCCGACGCCGGGGCCGUGCCGGCUCUCGUGUCGCUCUCGUAGGGUGCCUCGGCCACCAGCGGUGCUUCCUCGUCGGCGGCGUCGGGCCUCGCCAUCGGCGAAACGAUACUCAUGAUGCGGGGCGGGGCUUGGUCUCGGUCCGAUUGGUUUCUCAGAUCCGAACCGGGAAUCACUCAAGAAAUUCAACGAGAUAUUGACGGUGUACCAGCAUGUUCAACCAUCCGGCGACAUCCGACGCGUCCGCCUACCGGCCAGGCCGACAUCCUCCUCAUCCGACACGGGUACGUCGCUGCUGCAGCGCGGGACACCACCUCCGCCUUCUCAUGCUGCACCUUGUCCCGCCAUCCUCGGCGCCGUCAUCCAUGUCGUCGUCCAUCCUCGGCGCCGUCGUCCAUGUCAUCUUCAGGGCCGGCGUCGCUCGGCGCGUCCACCCCACCGAGCCUCUGUUGUGCGAGCUGGAGCGCGUGCGCCGCAACAACGGUUUUUGUCACUCAAUAUUUCUGUUGAACAAGCUGGUACAUGAUUUUUUUAUUUCAGUUUAUAUUAUUUUUUAUGAGUAACAAACGUGCUUAGUCUCAGGUACUGGGAGGUACCAGCUAAAAUGGGUGUUUAGUCUCAGAUACUGGAAGGUACAGUCCCAGCUAAAAUGGAACAUGCGCAGCAUCUAUAACCUGGUUCAUAAAAAAGCACGCACUCAUGGCAUAGAGAAUAAAUUCAACAUAUAGUAAAUUUAUUGAUAUUUUUUAUAGAUACGGCAGUAUAAAUAAGUACUCAUACAAAUGCCACUAGUGUAUUUGGUACCACCAUUCAAGUCAAGUUAGAAAAAUGAUGUAAAUAUGACACUAGAAGUGAGUGUUUAUCGGAAAGGUACCAGCAUGUAUCAGUACAUGUUCGUUCCAUCAUGUGGCAACUACAGUGAAAUAAUAAAAAAAUAUG